AACAACCCAAAAAAAAAAGGGCAGUAAAAGGUAAUGACGUAGGUGAAGAUCUUCCUUCGGCUUGUCCCCUCUUCAUAUUCGGUACCGAUCUCUCACUUCCCAUCGCCUACCUCUCCCAGGUCCGAUCAAAGACCUCCCUCCCUCUCAGCCCAAGGUGCUUGUAGAGAUUAUAAGCAGAAAAAGGAGUAAAUAAGUGCCAUGCAGCUUCAUUCUUGUUCCUCUGCUUUGCAAAGAAAGAGGUUUGACAUGCUGAAUAGAAGGCAAUAAGGAUUGCCCCGCUUGGAUUGGCAUUGUAAUUUAUUUUUGUUGUGGCGAAGACGUUAUCAGCUUACUGACUUUAGGGCUCUAGUCCAUUCAGUGAAGUUGGUACCGUCUUUGCAUCAUGCCAUACUAUAUUCAGAGACUCUAUAAUAUGUGCAAAUCAAAUCUUUCACCGACUGGACCUCUUUCGGAAGAAGCUCUCGAAAAAGUUCGCGUUAAACUAGAGAAAAUCAAGCCUGCAGAUGUAGGUUUAGAACAAGAGGCACAAUUGGUACGCAACUGGCCAGGUGCUAUGCUUGAGCGUAAUGUGGAUCAUCAGUCACUGCCACCAAUCAAAUACUUGCAUUUACAUGAGUGCGAUAGCUUCUCAAUGGGAAUCUUUUGCAUGCCACCUUCCUCUAUCAUACCCCUUCAUAAUCAUCCAGGAAUGACUGUGUUGAGCAAACUUAUAUAUGGUACUUUGCUUGUUAAUUCAUAUGACUGGCUUGAUGUACCUGAGCCUGCCGAUCCAACAGAAGCAAGACCUGCGAAGCUGGUCAGAGAUGUUGAGAUGACAGCUCCUUGCCCAGCAACAGUUCUUUAUCCCACAAGUGGUGGCAAUAUCCAUAGUUUCACAGCGAUAACUCCCUGUGCCAUAUUUGACAUCUUAGCUCCACCUUAUUCUUCGGAAGAUGGUCGACACUGCACUUAUUUCCGGAAGUCCUCGAGAAAAGAUCUGCCUGAUGAUCUCGAGUAUGAUGGAGUCACUGCACCUCAGGUGACUUGGUUAGAAGAGUUUCAACCUCCCGACAACUUUGUGAUUCGGAGAGGGCUGUACAAGGGUCCUGUUAUUCGAACUUGAGAAGCCCCAUUUUGUUGUUUAUAGGAUUUUAGUUAAAUUUGCUUCUCACGAUAGGAAACAUUGAGGGGAAAGUGUGGCAAAUGAGUUGUUGAAGCCAUGGCAAUAAUUAAUUUUUGGCUAUGUAAUUUGGGCAUUCGGCUUGUACAUAAUAUUAUACCGUUUGUUGCCUGAUUCACUGACCUCACAUUGAGACUAGUGAAGUAGUCACUGAAAGAUUAGGGAAAAGACUCCUGGACAAUUUUACAUAUUUUGUUGGGAUUGUCUAAUUUUUGUCAAUAAAGAUGUUAGUCAUGUUACCGUACGCCUUCUAGGCAUGGUCGUUGGUUGUAUUUGCUUUCCCGUUCCACCAAGUUGAUUAGGAAGAUUUAGUUCCUUGGUCUAGGUUUCUGGCAGAGUGGGUUAGAAAAAGCUCCAAUGAAGAUGUCCUUUGAACUUCUGAAGACAAUGGUGAUACUUUCUCGAAUAUUCACUAUUUUGAUCGUUUUGAAUACAAUUUUGCAAGAACUUAAUUAUUUGUUCUUUUUCUUUGAUAAUAUUUCGCAGUUACGUCUUAAAGAAAGAACCCUGCCAUUUUUGAUGAGCUUGC